AGUUUUGAAGCUUCAUCUCUGCGGCAACCGGAAUCCUCUGCAUCUAAACCCUACCCCAACGUCGGAUUCAUGAUCCCACACGUCUCCACCGCCCACUCCCACAAUACUUCCAACUUCUCCACCAGGUCUCCGAGUAAUGACGCUCAUUCAGGUUCAACGAUUUUGAUGAGCAAUGCAUCCGAUUGUGGAUCAGAUGGAGGGGCAAAUGUGCCUUUGAAACAGAAGACUACCAAAGCUCAACGACGGGCGAUUCAAGAGGCACAGCGUGCUGCCAAGGCUGCUAUCAAAGGUGAAGGAAGCAGGACUGCAGGAGUCGAUUCAGCCAAUGCAGGGAAGACUGUAAAAUCAUCUCCACAAAGGAAACACAGCUCUUCAGUUGCUGCUUCUGAGAUAAAAAGGAGUGACAGUCAAACAGAUAAAGGUAGGAAGAAAGAUGUCCCUAAUCCACGGAUGCAGUUUGGUGAUGAAAACAGAUUUGACAAGCCAAAGAAGUGGUCUGUAGUAAAACAAGCAGAAGCCAGGAACAUAGUUGAAUUCUUUAGGCAUCUACCUCAAUAUGAUCAUGACCUGGAAUCGAACUUCUUUGGAUUAGGCCCCAUCCAUCCUGCUGUAUACAAGGUUGGUUUCCAAUAUCUAGCUGGGGAUAUAUCUGGUGGCAAUGCCCGGUGCAUUGCGAUGUUGCAAGCAUUUCAAGAAUCAAUCAAGGAUUAUUCUACACCACCUGAAACAUACCUUAUUAGGGACUUGACUUCUAAAAUAAACUCUUAUGUUUCUUUUCUGAUAGAAUGUAGACCCCUUUCAAUCAGCAUGAGCAAUGCAAUUAGGUUUCUUAAGAGACGAAUUGCCACCUUUCCCUUAAACAUCUCUGAUUCAGAAGCAAUUACCAGUCUUCUCUCUGAUAUUGAUCAUUUUAUAAACGACAAGAUAAUUCUAGCAGAUAAGGUUAUUGCGCAGCAUGCUGUGUCUAAAAUUAGGGAUGGUGAUGUUCUUCUGACAUAUGCAUCGUCUUCUGCUGUUGAAAUGCUACUGCUACAUGCCCAUGAGGUUGGAAAACAGUUUCGAGUGGUGAUAGUUGAUUCACGUCCCAAGCUUGAAGGAAAAAAGCUGCUUCGCAGGCUUGUGGGGAAAGGAAUUAGUUGUACAUACACUCAUAUAAAUGCUGUUUCUUAUGUCAUCCAUGAAGUAACAAAAGUUUUUCUGGGUGCAUCUUCGGUGUUGUCAAAUGGAACUGUUUACUCAGGAGUUGGCACAGCAUGUAUUGCUAUGGUUGCCCAUCAGUUCCGUGUCCCAGUCCUGAUAUGUUGUGAAGCUUACAAGUUUCACGAGAAAGUUCAACUUGAUUCCAUUUGCUGUAAUGAGCUUGGUGAUGCUGAAACGAUUUCAAGGGUUUCCGGUAGAGAGGAUAUCAAUUCUUUGGAUGGUUGGGCUAGUAAUGAGAAUCUACAACCCUUGAACCUGCUUUAUGAUGCAACACCGUCCGAUUAUGUAUCAGUGAUCAUAACAGACUAUGGGUAUGGAAUGAUACCAGCUAAAAAGGUAGCAGUUAUAGUCCGAGAAAAUGACAGAGAAUACUGGUUGAGAUAGAGCUAUGUGUAUAGAGAAAUCCAAGUGAUGUCGUGCUAGAAUCUGGAAAGGCCUCGACGAACUGACCCACCCCCAAGCUUAUAGAUUAACCAUUUUUUUAGAUGAUAUUAUUGGCUUACAUACU